GUAAGCUGCAUCUGUCUUGUAAUACUGCAGUUCUCCUGACUUGUGCAUGCCUUAUAUAUUUAUGUGUGUUCCACCUGUUUAAAGUUUUGUUAUAAUGGAAGAGGAUCGCUUUCGAAUAAAUGGAGAAAGUUCAGAAGAAGUCAAGUUCUUAACCAAGGCGUCAGUGCCCGGCAUCACACAGGAGGAUGACUCCCUGCCAAAUAUGGAGUCAUCAGAGAGGAAGUCGCUGACGGGGUUUAAGACGGCGCCUGGGGGUCUGGACAGUGUCCUGCCGGAGAUUGGUAGCCCCGGACGGUUUAUUGUGCUACAGCUGGUCAUUCACUUUAGCACGUGCUACGCUCUGAGUGGGGCAGUACUCAUCUACGUCUUCAUAGGUUACGAGCCGCCUCACACAUGCAGUCACGUGACGAACGUAACAUCUCUGUUGUCCAGCGUCGGCCUGGACAACACCUCGGACAUUGAGAUCAUCUACGGCAAGUGCGUCAUCCAGCUCGUGCAAAACGUCAGCGGCGUCAUCAAGUCAGUGGCGGAGCUGGGCUGCGUCGCGGGGAACGAUUUCAAGGGCGGCAAACAUGUGUCGUUUAUCGCGGAGUGGGAUAUGGUAUGUAACAAUAUUGGCCUCGGAGAAUUGGCACAGACAAUUCUAAUGAUUGGGCAAACCGUUGGUGCAGUUUUCUUUACAUCUUUGGCCGAUAGAUUUGGUCGUAAAAUUGUGUGCAUGGUCUGCAAUGCGCUGAUCAUCGCGUCUGGGAUUGGAGUCGCCUACAGUCCAAACAUCUUCGUGUUACUUGUAUUCAGAUUUUUCGUUGGCUUCUUUCAACAGGGCAUGGGAUGUGUUGGCUAUACAAUGAUUGUGGAGCUCCUAACGCCGAGGUUUCGCAAAAAUAUCGGAGUGCUUGGUGGGUUUAACUGGACCAUCAGUGUUUUAACACUGGGGUUAGUGGCGUACCUCAUGCAAGACUACAGCUGGAGAAUGCUGCAGCUUGUGGUGGCGUUGUUUUCAUGUAGUGUCCUCCUGUUCCCAUUCUUCAUCUGGGAGUCUCCCCGCUGGCUUGUAGCAAACAAAAAAUACAACGAAGCUCUAAAGUUUUUGGAGAAAGCUUGUGUUAUGAGUGGCAAGGACUUUGAACGUGUGAAAGAAAGUUUUCAGUAUCACGUGGUGCAACACGAACAAGAAGUGCACAUAAAACAGGAGAUGCAUCUAGAGCAAGAGAUAUGCAUUAAAAAGGACAUGGAUCUAGAGCGCGAGAUAUGCAUUAAACAGGAGAAAGGCAUCAACCAACUUGAUGACACCACGGCCGACGAGACAUCUAAGGUUGUCAAGUACAACAUCACAGACAUUCUGCGUCAUAAAACUUUGCUUGUCACAUCUCUUGUCAUUUGGUUUGCAUGGAUUACCAACACAAUCACAUAUUAUGGUCUGUUUUUAACCUCUUCGUCAUUAGUUGGAAACAGAUACGUAAACUUUAUCCUAAUGGGAUUGGUGGAUAUACCUGGUGACAUAUCCAACUUAUUUCUGCUCCACUUCUUCGGCAGAAAGACAGUGAUCAUGGGUCUGAUGACAGUAGCAGGCACUAGUCUGCUGACCUCUACUCUAUUAGUCGCUCUAGGCACCUCAAAUACAGCAAUUAUAAUGUCGACUGUGUUUUCCUUUAUUGGCAAAUUUGGAAUUGGGGCGUCUUUCAACACGCUUUUUCUGUACACACCAGAACUGUUCCCUACUAAUUUAAGGUCAGCUGGACUUGGUAUCUGCUCAAGUGUAUCAAGACUUGGUGGAAUGCUGGUGCCUUACUCUAACCUUUUGGCAGACAUGGCUCUCUGGGCACCAGGAACUAUAUUUUCAGCGAUGUGCUUUAUAUCUGUAGUGAUGUUUAUCCGACUUCCUGAAACAAGGGGCAGACCACUACCAAACACAAUUGCAGAGAUGAAACAGUGGUGGUCAUAAAAUGUUACAUUAACUAUAUCAAAAUAAAGAACUUUGUAAA